CACUUUUUUAGGGCCAGGUUUAAGGGGAAACUUCUGGUGAAAAAAUUCUACCAGACAGGGUGCAAAAACCAAUAGCCAGGAUGAAGGGUCUGGUGAGGAGGCAGCCAGGGAGGACACAGGAGUAGGCUUCAAGGCUUUUAUUUGUACAGUGGGCAAGACAGGCUGUGCAGAACAGGAACCUGGGGUAUUACAGGGGACAGAGGGCACUUUAGGGUGUGUGGAGGCAGUACAGGGGACAGAGGACACAGUAGGGCGUAUGGGGGCAGGGCAGGGUACAGAAGUCACUGUAGCUACUAAUGUGGAGACCACAGCUGAGUCUAAAGCAGCUGAAGGGAGUAACGGUAUUGGGGUCUCAGCAAACAGGGCACAUGAAGCUGGGAACUCAGAUGGUACAGAGGUCACAGAUGUUGGGGCCUCCACCCAUCCAGAAAGUAGUGAAAUAGAAGCUCUGAGCUGCACAGUAUGU